CAUGUACCUUGGAUGUGAAUCCUCGUUGCGUCGCCGAAUAUAGCACAGACUACGCUCAAGCUGGCAAGUGCGCCUCUCCAUGUCGGGGAUGGAUGUGCCUGAGUCUCUUUCCGCCGCUUCGGCACAAUCGGCAUCUCCAGACAGGUGGAGCAGCUCCACCGCACCCCCGCUUCCCACGCUACUCACAGUCUUAUUUCCCCAUGGCAUUCACCACUUCCCUUUCGGAUAACUCGUUCCUUCACUCCUUCAUCAUCCAACAUGACGCAUAGUCAGGAGAAGCUAGAUCAAGAAAAGGAGGGAUUGGUGUCCUCUCUUGAACAUCUUUGCGGGCACAAGUCCGGACAAGGUGCAACUGCUUCCUCACCUACCCUCACCGAUCACAAUGUGCAACACCACGCUCUGACGCCCGCACAUGCAGCCACCUCACAGCAGCGCAGCUGGUAUUCUCGCUUCUUCCCUUCAGAAGAGCGGGUUGACGAGCUCUUUGCCAAAGAGAACCUCGGGAAUUGGGUCGUCAAUCGAAGCACUGGAGAGCAGGUCUUCGAGUCUAUGCCCAUCUAUGUUCGACUGGGCAUGCAUAUACUCUUCCUUCACUCCAAGAAGAGUAGUCUCCUCAGAUAUCAGUCUGUAGACCACCUCCUCGAAGAGCUAAGCGUCAGUCAAGGCAAGGCCUAUGACGAUGAGAGCGAUCCGGCGGCAGUCCUGGAGCACAUCAAGAGCUUCGUUGCUACCUAUGCCAUCCCACUCGAUGAGCUUCUGCAGCCAGACCUUUCUAGCUACCGCAACUUCAAUGCCUUUUUCGCUCGCCGGCUCAGAGGGGAUGCACGCCCCGUUGCAGAACACACCGAUCCAACCGUCAUCUCCUCUGCGGCAGACUGUCGUCUGACCGUCUUCUCUACUGUGGACGAGGCAACUCGCUUCUGGAUCAAAGGGAAGAACUUCUCCGUACCGAGCCUCCUGGGCGACGAGUCCACUGCGAGCAAGUUCCCUCCUGGUAGCUCGCUGGCCAUCUUCCGCUUGGCGCCUGCUGACUAUCAUCGCUACCAUUCGCCCGUUGGACCCUCUGUCGCUGGCGCCACGAAGCAUAUCAAGGGAGACUACCUGACUGUCAAUGCUACUGUUGUCAAUGAGAACUUUGAUGUGUUCACCAACAACAAGAGGGACGUCCUUCUCAACACCUGGACACCAAAGCAAGGAGCUCAAGGUAUUCCCUACGCGCUCGUAGCUAUCGGCGCUAUGCUAGUCGGGAGCAUCGGCUGGUCAGAAGGCGCCGCCGAGGGAUCUCCUGCCAACAGAGGUCAGGAACUGGGAUGGUUCCAGUACGGCGGCUCGACCUGCAUUGCCGUCUUCCCACCUGAGGCCAAGGUGCAGUGGGACGCUGAUCUGCUGAAGACGUCUCAAGGAGGUAGGGAGACCAUCGUCAAGGUCGGUGAAAGGAUCGGCAAGUCAUUGGCGUGAGCUAGUCCUUCAUGGGGCUGGCAAAGAUACCGCGGAAAGAAUCGUACUGUAC